AUGGUUCCCUCACGUCUAUUAUUCCUUUCUCCCAUUUUGUUACUGAUCAUAAUCACUAGUACCACCGAUCAAGCGGCCGCCCUUGCUCAGCCGCAGCCAGCUGCUGAUCAUCUGCUAAGCCACUUCUGUUCAAACCACAAAGGUAACUACACCACGACGGGUGCCUAUCGCACAAACCUUAACCACCUUCUCUCAUCCCUUCCCUUCAAGGGUAGCGGCCACGGCUUUUAUAGUUCUUCAUAUGGCCGAAACACUACAUCCGGCGCAAUAUAUGCAAUCGGACUAUGUAAAGGAGACAUUGGAACCACGCGCCACUGCCUUCAUUGCCUCAAUACCUCUAGAAGUGCUCUCAUGGAGCUUUGUGCCAAUCAGAAGGAAGCUAUUGUUUGGUACGACAACUGCAUGCUGCGCUACUCAAACCGCUCCCUACAUGGCGUCAUGGACACGCUGCCUGCUUUCAAUUUGUGGAGCACUCAAAGCGUACCAUCAUCGGAGUUUGAUGUAUUUUUCCGGCAGCUCAGGUGGUUACUAGAAGCCCUAAGAAACAAGGCUGCCAAAGGGGGUUCUCUUAAGUUUGCAAAAAAUAACGCAACCAUUCUCAACUAUCGUAACGGACUGUCUUCCUUAACGGCACUUGUGCACUGCUCCCCUGAUUUGUCCGAGUUACAGUGCGGCACUUGCUUACUUGGUGCUUUUGGAGAACUCCCAAAAUGUUGUGAUGGAAAAGAAGGUGGGCGAGUUCUUAGACCCAGCUGUAACUUCAACUAUCAGCUGAACCAGGUUAUUAAGGUCAAUGAACCGAAAGGUUCCGUGAUUCCCAACUUAGGACGUCGUGCAAGAGAUGGAAGAGUCGGCAUCCUUAUAUUAUUUGCAACGGUUGUUUCCCUUGUACUAAUGAUCUCCAUAGGCAUUUACGCGAAAGUAGUGAAAACAAGGCGCCAACCUAUCAAUUUUCUUGAGAAAAUGGAUGAGCAUAUGGCCAUGGAAUCCUUGCUAUUCGACUGUGGCGCCAUUCGAGUUGCCACAAAUAACUUUUCUGAAGCAAAUAAACUUGGAGGUGAUGGAUAUGGCACUGUUUACAGGGGUAGUCUUUCCAACGCAAAAAGCAUAGCAGUGAGAAGGCUUUCGAUAAACUAUGUGAAAGAGUAUACGGAAAUUAUGAAAGAGGUUUUGUUAAUGGCCAAGCUUCAACAUCCAAAUCUAAUUGAGCUCCUAGGGUGUGCCUCGGAAGAAAAUUCUGAAAGGCUUCUUGUCUAUGAGCUUUUCCCUAAUGCAACUCUUGAUCGCAUCAUAUUUGGUAUCUAG